ACGGUACAGCAGUCUACAACCACGCUGGCACCAGGCGAUCAUGCAAGGGUUCCAGAUUUCCGAUAGUACUCAAACGCCUCACGAGCGCAACAACCGUCACGCCCUUUGAUAUCGUGCAGACGAUGAGGACCACAUUUCCUACUGCGGAAGGUUACUCAAUGUUAUAAACUUACUUAAGUGUGUUUGUCGUUAGUUAAGUAUUUAUUAUUACCAUUAACUGGUCUGCGACGGUCUAAACUGGACCGUGUCUUGUGUUUGGAUGAUGAUAGCGUUGUUGUUGUUGCUGGGUGCCUUUGUUUCUAUUGGAAUCUCAGACGACAGUUAUACGGAGAAGAAGUAUGGGGAAAUGCAUCACAUUCGUCUGCACAGAAGACCUGUUCUCAUUGAGUUCAGCCCAAAGUACAACUCAAACGUGACAAUCUUGUGGAAAAAGGGUGACCGUCCUGUCAUAAUGGACAAAAAGUUUACGAUGAUUGGUAGCCACUUUUCCAUUUAUAAGUUAACUCAGGAAGACAGUGGUCGCUACAUAAUGAGAGACAAAGAUCUGAACGAACUGUCCACCUACACACUUGAAGUAAAAGCAAUCAGAAAGAACUUUGAAGGAAAACCUGGUGACCACUUCAGCUUCUCCUAUGAUCUGGAACCAAACUCCUGCAACAUUUACUUCUUCCAAGAAAGCGACCGACAGCCGAUAAAGUUGAAGAAUGAGAUUGUUCGUCAAGGAAGGCUGCAGGGGGGUUUGGAUGAAUUUGAUUGCAUAGGGUUUGAUGUCAAACAUCCAUGUGGGAUUUCAAACAAGGCCCUCCAGAUGUCAUGCAACGGACGUUAUGAGAUCAGAGAUCAGAAUAACAACACAGCCUUAGUGGCGUCACUGGAAAUGAACCAAAUCAAAAUGAGCUUUGAAAGAGAACCUGGUGACCUGGCGGAAUCAUCUCAUCAGCCAUCUCGAAUUGGUAUCGGGGUUGGUGUUUUCCUGUCCUCGCUUUUCUGCUAUUGCCUGAAGUGCUACUGCUGUGGGAAAAGCUCCUCCAAAGAGGACACACCUGAGAUUGCUGCUGCUGAACCAGAUGUUCAAUACCAAGAGUAUGACCAUGAGCCUGUUGGACCGGGGUCAGACCGACUCAUUCAGCCGCCUGAGACACUCUACCCCGCUCAGCCUUCUUAUACUCCGACUAACCCGUUGGUACACAAUCAUCCUGCACUGAAUUUGCCGCCAGCUUAUUCUGAGGUUUCAGCUCCAGUAGAGCAGCCAGACGCUCCAACUUUCCCCCUCUACUCUGACCCUGAGCCAAAGUUUGAGCUGAAGGGGAUGACCUUUCCCUGUGCCCCCCCACUCGGUUCAGACUCCACUCACUGUGAUGUUUAUACCUCAGACAAACUCAACUUCCUCUGAGAGCCUUGAUUUCUAAAGAUACAUUGAAAUAUGUAAACACUUAAUUUGAUAGCUCACUCAUUAGUGUAAGAUUAGAUGGACAUUUUGGGAUAUAAGGAUAUUCCCCAGUGGCUUGCUUUUAAUGGAUUAAACCAGGAAUUGGAAACCUUAGCGUAGCCAACGGCACACUGGCAAUAAGUGUACAGGAGAGUUUAUUGGAAAGGUCAAAGUGCGCUUUUAUCCACAUGCCAAAUAACCUCUUUCACAGCCAUUUGCAUUCAGGAAAAUUGUUAUUUACAGUAGUUUUGAUCCAUUUUAUUCAAAAACCAAAUCUCAUGAAGACCCGCCCUAGUCUUUCUAUGACUGGCUAGUAAUUGUUGCCUUCUUCGUAGAAUUUGUUAGCUUUAUAGCAGAUCAAAAGGAUUUGGAGGGUUGGGAGGGUUAAUGGUUUCAACUCAGGUGUGGAUCUUUUCAUGAGGAUGGCAGCCUUGUCUGAUGCUCUCUUAUAUAAUCACAAUGUCCUGAUUAUGGGAGAGAAAUGUAUUCUGAAAAUAUUGCUAUGCACGUUACUAUUGAUGAUGCUUUUUGAAAUUUCCAUUUCAAUGUGGUGUUAUGAUUAAAUUUAAUGUUAGCCUAAAUGUUGAUAUGGCACACUGAUACAGAAGAAAAUGUAUAAAUGGAACUUCAUAUCGAAAAGGUUGGUGAAGCCAGAAUUAAACAAACAAGAUAUAAUAUAUAAAUUAGUGAGCUUUAGAUGUGGUAGGUUAAUAAAGUGUCCUCUGUAAAGAGCCAAGCUAGCUGUUUCCCCCUGUUUCUAGUAUUUGUGCUAUGUUAUGAAAAGGAGUGCCAUCACUCCUCUCAUUUAACUGUCAGCAAGAAUAGAAUCAAAUUUCCCAAAAUGUUUAAAAGAAAGAGUGAAGAUCGUUUUUUGCCUCUAAAUCAGUCCCUUUAAUGUUUUUGUUUACAGAGCAGAGCUUAAGAUUUUGUUAAAAAGAAUGAGUAGUUAAUCAUAAAUCUCACUUUAAGAGCUCAUUAGAUUGUCAUAGUAGCCUACUGAGUGAAUAUCGGACUCAUUCCUGUGGUUCGGUCAGGGACACAUCAUUCAUUGCAGACCGGCUUGACUGUGAACAUUUUCAGGGAAGACCCAAAGAUAAAGUAGUCCUAUCUUUGCAAUGUUCUCUUUUUUUAAAAAGUGGUAAACAAGUCCUUAUUGUACUUGAGUUACUUGCAUAUUUGCUUGCCGUUCUCUUGCAUGGAAUUCAGCUUGUAGCUCAAGAUCAGUUAAAAACUUGUAAUAGUUGAUGCUUACAUUGUAGUUUAGUGUGGAAUUAAAAUGAUCUUCAAAUGAGCUGUAGAUAAUAUUGAUAUCUUGGUUACUGUAUUUCAAUUACUCAGGCAAGUCACAGAAACAUAUCGAUAUGUGUUGAAGUCAUAUUGUACAUGAGUAAAUGAUAUUUGUAAUGUUACUGAAUUAUUAAAAUUUGUACAAAUUUAAUUUGCUCAGUUAUACGUUUAAAGGAACGUUUGUUUGCUGUUGAAAGGGAACUGGAACUCAUCAAAACUUGGUUUGAUGUUAAUAAAUUGUCUCUAAAUAUAAAAAAAACUAAAUUUAUGGUGUUUGGAGAUCAAAAAUAAUUAAAUGGAGAUAUUGAAUUAAAAAUCUGUGGUAAUUUUUGAGACAAAAUUCCUCGGAGUUGUGAUUGAUCAUAAGAUAACAUGGAGACAACACAUUGACUAUAUAAAUGGUAAAAUGUCAAAGUCAAUAGCUAUACUGUACAAAUCUAGGGAUAUAUUAAAUUACAAGGCCAUGCUUAUCAUUUAUUGCUCACUUAUACUUCCUUACAUGUCGUAUUGUGUGGAGGUAUGGGGUUCAACCUAUAAAACAUUUAUAAAUUCCACUGUCCUGUUACAAAAAACGAGCUAUACGUAUUAUGAAUAAGGAUAAUUACUAUGAUCACACAAAUCCUUUGUUUGUAAAAUCUCAUGUUAUAAAAUGUAAUGAUUUGGUAUAUUAUAAAAUAAUGCAAACAAUGUUCAGAGCUAAAACAAAGUCACUACCAGACUGUGUACAAAGGAUUUUUUCAAUACACGAGUGUAAAUAUGAUUUGAGAGAUGUUUGUAAAUUUACCGUUUAAAAAGCUAAAAAGGGGAUUAAAAGAAGAUUAGUUUCUAUUGUUGGGGUUAAAGUAUGGAACAAUUCUAAUAUAAAUGUAAGAAUGUGUAAUUCUUUUUUCGUUUUCAAAAGGACUGCAUAUAUAAGCUUAAUAUUUCUGACUAUGCCUUUUCAGUUAUAUUGUAUACUAUAUUAUAUAUAGGCUGUAUACAUUGUAUUGUGUGUGAUGACUGAAUAAAAUCACUAACUAACAAAUAUAAAAUAAUCACAAGAGACAGUUGCCUUAUUUUAUUACAAAUAUUCAAUGGCAUAAAAACAACUCUGCACUGCAAGUAUGUCAACAUUUCAUUGUAUGCAUUAUUUUAAAAGUCUAUCUUAAUAUAAAUCAAAAUAUUUGGGACUUUAACAAAGUACUAUUCAAGCACUAACUGGGGCCUUUUUGAGAACAUGAUAUUUUAUUUAACAUGUAUGUAUGUCCAAACAAGGAAUCAUCUUCUGUAUGUAUCCUUUUUUAUUUGAUCUUUGUGUCAGGUGCAUUAAAUCUUAUACUACUCAACUAUUUGUUUUGCAUUUGUUUUUUCCCCU